GGAGCGCCACGGGCUGAACCCGGCGUCCUUUGAACCUCCCCAAAGAAAGCAAGCCACCCCCACCCUCCAACUUCAAAGUGGAGAUUCGGCGACUAAGUUUGCCACGCACUCUCCGGAGCCAGCCUGGGUUUGUUUUGCUUAUUUCCCGGGGGGCAGAAAAUGAGAAAUAGCGCACUUUGAACAGCUAGGAAAAGUGAGAAAGAGAGAAGGGCUGAGGAUCGAAUCCAGGACUCGCGGAACGAAAGGACUGCCCAGCCCGCCGGGACGCCUGCUCUUCUCUGCGAUCCUCCGCCUCCCGCUUGGGGUUUUUUGGACAUCUCUGCUGCGCAGCUAGGGGAGCAACUCCCGGCGGCUGCAUUCUUGGCCCAGUUGGCAGCUCGCCUCCGGGUGCGCCGAGCGCCUCUCCGCUCGCGCCCUCUGCGCUUCCGGCUCCUCUGAGCCCCGCCAGGGGCACCAGCCCUCGCCCUCGCUGCAAGGCUACGGGCUCCGGCCUGGCCGUGGGAUGUUAGCGGUGGGGGCAAUGGAGGGCACCCGGCAGAGCGCUUUCCUGCUCAGCAGCCCGCCCCUGGCCGCCCUGCACAGCAUGGCCGAAAUGAAGACCCCGCUGUACCCUGCGGCGUAUCCUCCGCUGCCCGCCGGCCCCACCUCCUCUUCAUCCUCGUCGUCGUCCUCCUCGUCGCCCUCCCCGCCUCUGGGCACCCACAACCCGGGCGGCCUGAAGCCCCCAGCUACGGGGGGGCUCUCAUCCCUGGGCAGCCCCCCGCAGCAGCUGUCGGCCGCCACCCCGCACGGCAUCAACGACAUCCUGAGCCGGCCAUCCAUGCCCGUGGCCUCGGGGGCCGCCCUGCCCUCCGCCUCGCCCUCGGGUUCCUCCUCUUCCUCUUCCUCGUCUGCCUCUGCCUCCUCUGCCUCUGCCGCCGCCGCAGCUGCUGCAGCGGCCGCAGCAGCUGCCUCAUCCCCGGCAGGGCUGCUGGCCGGACUGCCCCGUUUCAGCAGCCUGAGCCCGCCGCCACCGCCGCCCGGGCUCUACUUCAGCCCCAGCGCUGCGGCCGUGGCCGCUGUGGGCCGGUACCCCAAGCCGCUAGCGGAGCUGCCCGGCCGGACGCCGAUCUUCUGGCCCGGAGUGAUGCAGAGCCCGCCCUGGAGGGAUGCACGCCUGGCCUGUACCCCUCAUCAAGGAUCCAUUUUGUUGGACAAAGACGGGAAGAGAAAACACACGCGACCCACUUUUUCCGGACAGCAGAUAUUUGCCCUGGAGAAGACUUUCGAACAAACAAAAUACUUGGCGGGACCCGAGAGGGCUCGCUUGGCCUAUUCGUUGGGGAUGACGGAGAGUCAGGUCAAGGUCUGGUUCCAGAACCGCCGGACCAAGUGGAGGAAGAAGCACGCGGCCGAGAUGGCCACGGCCAAGAAGAAACAGGACUCGGAGACCGAGAGGCUCAAGGGGGCCUCGGAGAACGAGGAGGAGGACGACGACUACAACAAACCUCUGGAUCCCAACUCGGACGACGAGAAAAUCACGCAGCUGCUGAAGAAGCACAAGUCCAGCAGCGGCGGCGGCGGCCUCUUACUGCACGCGUCCGAGCCGGAGAGCUCAUCCUGAGCGCCACCGCCCGCCGCACCUGCCCGGCUCUGGCCUCCGCCUCUGGGGCCGCGGGGACCGCGUACGCGCUGCGCCUGCCCGCCCCUAGGCCCGAGGACCCUUUGCUAUUUUUGAGAUGUACAUAUCUAUUUUUUUAACCUUGAAGUUGUGGGAGGGGAUGUGGGGGAGAGAGACUCGGGGAUUGAUGAGGCAAGGAAGACCACCAAAUGCACUGCAUAAAUGACGCUACUGAAACCAGCGGCCGGGUCAUGGUCCCAGCGCCAUCCCCAUCAGCGAAAAGCGGCCUCAGCGCUCGGGUCCCCCCUCGCCUCCAUAUUUUGCCCCUGCGGGCAGUGGGGUAGGGGGCGCUGAGAGGUACUGUAGAAGGGUCCAAGCCCACCGCACGGGGGUCUUCGGAGCCACGAGGGAGGGCGCAGCCACCGAUGGGAAGAGGGACGUUUCUCCCCCAACACACUGCUGUGCGACUAAAGUAACCUGUUGAAGGCUCUUUGUAAAUAAAUCGUGAGUUACACUGACUAGAAGUUACUUUAUUGUGAAUAUUUAAAAUGUAAAAUGCUUUUUUGAAUUUCGUAUUAAAAGAUGGACCUUCUGCCUUCUCUCCCUCCCCUUUGGAGAGUGACUCAAACCACACUUUCCCUUUUAUUUUUGAACUUGAUUUGAGAAGCCUAGAAUAGAAUGUCAUCACUUUCUCCGUCCCCUCCUCUCUUUCCUCCUUCCCGUUUCGCGUGCAGAAACUCACCUUUUCCUCUUACCUCUUCUCGCCCUGCCCUGCCCAUCCCCUGGAUCUGCACUGCGCUCUCGCCCCGGACUUGAAGUGGAAGACGUGGGAAUCAGGGAGGACUUCUCACCUGCCUCCCUGUUCCUCUCUGAAAUUGCACAGUCGUUUGUUGCUAUUUAUUAGUGAUUUAAAGAAAGUAUUGGGGAGGGAGGGGCUGCAAUAGCUUGUAUUUAACUCCUUUCUGAUAAAAAUGCGUGUUAAAGUAGAUGGUGGGAAUUGUUACAACCGCUCUGGGUCUGAAACAUAAAAAUCCAUUUAGUUGCUGUAAUUGAAUUUGAAGUGUUUUGUAUCAUAAGAAUACUAUAGAAUAUGUAAAUUGAUUUCUUUUUUAAGCUAAUAAUGGUGAUAUAUUAGCAUCUUUAACCUUUAUUAAUUUAUAUAAGGAAUUCGGUUUGUAAAGAGAAGAAACCCCCUUUGCAAGACCAGUUAAAUGUAAUGCACUUUCUGUUUCAAAGGAUAAAUCAAAUUAAAAAACAGUUUGAA